AUGGAGGCUUCCAAAAGAGAUGCUUGUCUGAAAGCAAUAGAAGAACUGUAUAAGUUAGGCGCUUUAAGUGAUUAUCUCUUGCCAAAGCAAGAUGAUGCAGAGCCAGAAGAACAGGUUUCAGGCUCUUCUGAUGAAGAUGAAUGUGAAGAUGCCAUAUCAAGAGGAGAAUUACAUGAGAUGCUAGUUCCUUCUGCCUUUGGACAGUCAUGGAUAAACAAGGAUAAAAUUGUCCAUCUCAACUCAUACUACAUAAAAUUUUGUCCCUGUCCAGGUGAUAGAGUCUACAAAGAGUUUGGUCUAUUCAUAAUGACCCGUCUUCCAAUGGAGGCUGAGAAAAUGGAACUUGAUCUCCAUCUUGCUCAUGGGCGAUAUGUUAUGACAAAAUUUGUCCCAUUUGGAGUUGUAGAAUUUGACAAAGAUGAGAUUAAGAAGGCAGAGAAUUUUCAAGAAAUGUUCCUCAAAAUUAUUUUGGAUAGAUUUGAAUUUGUUUCUGAGGUUGUAGACUUGGGUUUGGCUGCCAAAUCUCAGACAAGCUCAUUGACCUUCUACCUUUUGCUUCCAGUCAUAUUGCAAGAAUAUGGAAAUGCCAUGGAAGUAGAUUGGAAGACAGUGAAUAGAUGCCUUUGCUCACCAAUUUUCAGGCAUCCAGAUUAUACCAUGGAUAAAAAAGUUUGCCCUUUAGAUAUCCACCUGCAACUUGCCAAUGGUUACAGAAGUAUAAGAGAUGUCGAGAAUAGUUUAGUUUAUGCCCCACAUAAGAAGACCUUUUAUUUUGUCACAAAUAUUGAUUAUGAAAAGAAUGGAUUUAUUCCUCAUAAAGAAUCAGGCACUUCGAGCUAUGUGGAUUACAUAAUUGAAAAGUUUUCCAUUCACCUCAAAUGUCCGGAACAACCACUUCUGCAUGUAAAACCACUCUUCAGUUUGCACAACCUGCUUCACAACCGAAAGCGUGAGGAUGCAGGCAGUUCCCUAUCUUUGCUACCCUCAAUUAUGCAUCGUCUUGGAAACUUGCUGGUGGCUAUUGAAUUAAAGCACAUGCUAUCUUUUUCUUUUCCGGAGGCAGCUGAAAUUAGUGCCCUUAGAGUUUUAGAGGCUCUCACCACUGAGAAGUGUCAGGAGCGCUUUUCCCUUGAAAGACUUGAAGUGCUUGGUGAUGCUUUCCUUAAAUUUGUUGUUGCGCGCCAUUUUUUUCUCUUGCAUGACGGCCUUCAUGAAGGAGACCUAACAAAAAGGCGCUCCAAUGCUGUAAAUAAUUCCAAUUUAUUGAAGUUGGCCAUUAAGCGCAAUUUGCAGGUCUACAUUUGUGAUCAGGCAUUUGAUCCCUCUCAAUUUUAUGCAUUAGGCCGUCCUUGCCCAAGAGUUUGUAGCAAGGAAACCGAAGAAAGCAUACACUUUUGUUUAAAUUCUGUUAAGGAGCAAGGAAAAGUGACUGAAACCCGAUGUAACAAAAAUCAUCAUUGGUUACAUAAGAAAACAGUUGCUGAUGUGGUGGAAGCUCUGGUUGGAGCAUUCCUAGUUGAUAGUGGCUUUAAAGCUGCGAUUGCCUUUCUUACGUGGAUUGGCAUACAAGUUGAUUUUGAAGCUUCACAAGUGAUAGAUAUCUGCUUAGCAAGUGCUGGCUAUCUUCCUCUUUCUUCUGAUGUAGACAUUCCUUCCCUUGAAGGUAAGCUAGGAUAUCAAUUUUUUCACAAGGGUCUGCUUCUCCAGGCAUUUGUACAUCCUUCUUACAAUAAGCUUGGAGGAGGCUGUUAUCAGCGACUAGAGUUUCUUGGAGAUGCUGUCUUGGAUUAUUUGAUUGCUUCAUAUCUAUUCUCAGCUUAUCCCAAACUAAAGCCAGGUCAAUUGACAGAUUUGAGAUCAUUGGCUGUUAACAACAAGGCAUUUGCCUGCGUAGCAGUAGAUCGCAGUUUUGAUAAAUAUCUUUUAUGUGAUUCAAAUGGCCUGUCUGAGGCAAUAAAAAAGUAUGUAGACUACAUUAGAGGACCUUCAGCAGAUAGUGGCAUUAAAGAAGGGCCAAAAUGUCCCAAGGUACUGGGUGACUUAGUGGAAUCUUGUGUUGGUGCCAUCCUUCUUGAUUCAGGGUUCAAUUUGAACAAAGUUUGGAAAAUUAUGACUUCUUUCUUGGACCCAAUUAUGAAAUUCUCAUCAAGCUUGCAGCUCAGUCCUAUUAGGGAUUUGCGAGAACUUUGCCAAUCUCGUAAUUUGGAGUUGGAAUUUCUGCCAUUACCAUCAAAACUGAAUAAAACAUUUUCUGUUGAAGCUAAAGCGAGUGGGAAUGAUGUAUGUGAAACAGCUUCAGCAACUGGCCAAAAUAAAAAGGAGGCUUGUAGAAUUUCAUCACUUAUACUUUUUUCAAAGUUCAAGGCUCAAGGCUGGAAAGCGAAGUCAAAAACUUUGGAAGAAUUUCUGGAAUCAACUUCUAAAAUGAUACCAAAACUUAUUGGCUAUGAUGAAACUCCCAUUGAUGUAACAAAUACCAAUACUACCAGGCAUAUAAAGGUAGCUGCAGACCUGUACAGCAAGUCAAACCCAGAAAUUCGACCUAUCCAAGAGACAGCUGAAAUAUGCACUCCAUGUGUAAAGCCUGUUGGCCAACAGCUUCAAUCUUCUGCGAAGGGCGGAAAGCUUAGUGAAAUAUUUGAAAAUCAUUGCAACGGUGACUCGUCAGGGGCAGGAACGGCAAGAUCACGACUGUAUGAACUUUGUGCUGCUUGUUACUGGAAGCCUCCUUUAUUUGAAUGCUGCAAAGAAGAGGGACCAGAUCACCUCAAACAAUUCACUUACAAGGUGACCUUGGAGAUAGAAGAGGCCCCUGAUACUAUUUUAGAGUUUGUUGGUGAACCUCAGUCAAAAAAGAAAGAUGCAGCAGAGAGUGCGGCUGAGGGUGCAUUUUGGUACCUGCAACAGGAAGGUUACUUGCCUAGUGGUAGUUGA